UCAAACAAAAAUAUCCUUGAAGCAAGGAAAGAAAGACCUAUCCAUCAUUUCAUAUUAUUGAAAAAACCAUCACACCAACUCCAUAUUUUACGACAUUUUCAGUAAAAUGACAGCCAGAACCAACUGUGAUACAACAUCUUGCUAUCCCCUCUCCAAAAUGAGCAACAAUGCUAUGACUGUAAACCAUCGCGAUGCAAAGAGUUCGCUUCGAAAGCAGAAGAACAGAGCAUGGGCAACAACGCACGGCAACAACAAGUACUUCAGAGACCACAAUCGACGCAGCAUUGCCACUAGCAGCUCGAGAAAAGGAAUGCCCGCAUCGAGCCGUACCGGCACACUGGCAAAACCGCGCCACAUUUCGAAUGCGAAACGAGCCGUGUCGCUCCCCGCCGAUCUCCGCAACACCACGGCACUAGCGACAAAGGAUCUGUUCUGGUUUCUCCCCAAGCGCAAGCACCGCCAAACGCACUGUAGUGAAAGCGACGAUCCCUACCAAGCUCCUCGUUCGCAACAAAGACAUCGGCGGCACUGCAGUGAAAGCCACUAUCCUUGCAAAGCCACUGAUGCCGCUGUUGUUGUAACAGAUACUAGACUAGUCGAAUGCGGAAGAACAGAGCUACACAGAAGUCACUUUCGAGCCUUCGAUGAAUUCAACGGAAUGACUGCGCACUGCCGAGAAAAAACAUCAUCAAGCGGAAACAAAUUUCGCCUUAGUCCUCUAAAGAACUUAAAUUGGAGCGGUGAUUACUUCGUUGACACGGCAGACGAACAUGAUUUCCCACUUUUGGGGCUUGAGAUCAUGGAAUCGGUAACAGAAAACGAGAUUGAGAAGGAAAACCAAACUAAAUUUAUUCGUCACCAAAUACCGAAAUAGAGGACACAACUCUCCAUAUAUUUUGCAUAUCAACGAAAGAAACGUAAUUCAAUUUUUCAUUUAGCUGGAGUUUUUAUUCUAUCCAAUACCCAUUCUAUGUACUUUACUAUUCGAAUGAUGUUUUUCUCUCCUUGUUUCAGUGUACCGUAAAUAAAUAUUCACGACUCCUUGCUCUCUGCUCAUAUCUUAGACGAGACUAAACCCCUUCGAUUGGCACAUAGUCUGAAAGCUCGAAGCAAGCUUCAGGUCGGUACUGAGACCUUGCUGAAUUAAUGGGCUUAAAACUCCAGGGUUCGAUGCACUCAAAUUCCUCAAGGCGCUGAAGAAAAAGUCAGUGGGGUCGGGCACGGCUUCGAAAGCGUCGACAGGAGGCCGCUGGGCGAACUUCAACCGUGAAAAUGUUGCAUCGUACACCAUGGGCCCUUCAUUUUGAACAUCUUUCUCUUCUUUCGUAAAGGUUGAGGACGCAAGGAUCGAAACAACCGCAGUAAUAGCUUGCGCGAAUACUUGUUUCCCCUGAUCGUUUCCAAGUAGUUUUGGGGACAGAUCAGAUAACAACUUUGUUAGGCCAAUGAUUUGGGCUUUGGCUAGAACCCUGUUGCUUGCACAGCCUUUCACUUUCGGCAACCACACUCCUUGGAGCAGCAUUACUAUAAUGUUUGGCUGGAUUCUAUCCAAAAUGUCCGAAAGAUAUUGGCCACCGUACAAACCAGAAAAGAGUGCCAAAAAUUGACCAAAUCGAAUUGGAUAGAGAUUUGAUUUUGUGCUCUGAAGCCGUGUCAAAAUGAGCUGAAAAAUGGUUCGAAGGUGAUCUGCUAUAGAUUCACGAGGAGCGUACUGCACGAGCGAAGAAAGUAGAUCGAAUGCGGAUCCUUCAGUUGCCUUCAAAGUAUUUAGUUUCUGGAAAAUACCAAGAAUAGGCAUCAGAUGGUUGUUCGAUACCACGUACGUCGCCGCUUUUUCCAAAUACGCCUGGAUAAGGCGCGUGAGCCCGGGAACAUUUCCCGUUUUUUCCCAGAGCGAUGCCGUCAAAAGUGGAGCGAACAAGCUUGUAUAGGCUUCACCUAGCCCAGCCCCACUUGGUCGGAAUUCAAGUAGCUGUGCCAAAAUCUGGAAGACAUAUGGGGUGAAUUCCAAAAUGUCCAUCUGCAAAAUAGUUUGAAACGGUGGAAAAAGCAUUUGCUCCAGUUGGGUAAUAUGGGAGGCAUCCUUUGCACAGAUACUCUUCACAAGGAUGGCUAUGGAUUCAAAGAGAUUAUGAUUAAACCCAGGGUUUCGAGGGUUCUUGCACACCCGUUCUAAAGCUGCUGACAGCUUUUCGAAGACAAUAUUUGUCACGGGAAUGACGUUCUCGCCCGCUUUAUCAAGAGUUGUCAUGAUGCACUUCAUGACGUAUUCAUUUUCAUUCAGAACAACGUUAUCAACAAUAUGGAAAAGACCCUCGAAAAGACCCUGAAGGAAGGGCUGGAGCGAUGCUUGCGUUAUUUUACUGAAAGCUGUACCCGAGGCAUCUCUCCCCUUAUUACGUAGGAUUUGUUCAAUCGUAUUAGCGGCGAGACUGUGAACGGCCACAUACGAACUUCUGAGGUGAAAGAUCAAAACGGGCAACAAUUCAUUGUACUGUUCAGCAGAAAAUUGAUUCCGGAAGGUACAUACAAAAUUGAUACAAGAUGCCUUCACCAUAGGGCGGCUCGAUUCGUCUUUGUCUUGCAUCUCUGGAAGGACAUGGUUGCUGAAGAACUCCAUUAAAUUCACGUUGUGAUU